UUUGUGUUGAGGAGCAGGAAGCGUAGUUUUAUAGGCGCAGACAAUUGAGAUUUCAACAUUAAGGAGUUUUUGCACUUUUACUGAAUAUAAUUUUUAUCCGUCCACCCAAAAUUAUUGUUUCAUAUCCCCGUUAUUCUUCCCGAAGGAGCACAAUAUCGGAGAGAGCUGCGGCGUAUGUGGAGAUGGAGGAGCGGGCUCGCAGCUGUCUGCUGCGCUCCAAAGCUACUCUGGAGCAGGACAUCAAAGCAUCUUACCUGAUGGACCAUAUGAUCAGUGAUGGCGUCCUGACCAACGAUGACGAAGAAAGUGUUCUCGGCAAGGCUACCAGGAAAGAGCAGGCUGCAGCUUUGUUGGAGGUGCUGUUGAGGAAAGACAACAGGGCUUAUAUCUCAUUUUACAAUGCUCUUGUCAGGGAGAGCUAUGGAGAUCUGGCCAACCUCCUCCAUAAUGACCUGCCUCUGCUCAGCCCCGAAGGAGAGAAAAGCUUUGCAGAUGGAGUGUCUCGUGCUGUUCAGGUGAUUCUGAGUGAAGGUGGGGUACCUCAGAGACCCGUGGUGUUUGUAAGCCGACCGACUCUGCUAAACUUGAUCCGGGAGAAGCUGAAACAGCUACGGGACACGCCAGGCUGGGUCACUGUGUUUGGCAUGGCAGGUUCAGGGAAGUCUGUGAUGGCUGCGGAGGCUGUUCGUGAUCAUGCUCUCAUUAAGGAGUGUUUUCCAGGUGGAGUCCACUGGCUUUCUGUAGGUCAAUGCGAGCGCGCAGAUCUUCUGGUGAGGAUGCAGUCUCUGUGUUUCCGUUUGGAGCAGAUUCAAAGUUCAGAUGGGAGCCAGCGAGCCCCCUCCUCUGUGGAGGAGGCCAAAGAACGCCUGCGAUUCCUGAUGCUCCGCAGGUUCCCCAGGUCCCUGCUGAUUCUUGAUGAUGUUUGGGACACCUCAGCACUCAGGUCGUUUGACAUUCAUUGUCGAGUCCUCCUGACAACAAGAAAUCGAAGUCUGACUGAUUCAGUGAGCGGUAAGAAGUGUGAAGUACCCGUUGAGAAUGGUCUGAAUGAGGAAAAAGCCCUGGAAAUUCUCGCUUUGUAUGUAAAUGGGAAUGCGCAGAAACUUCCAGAACAGGCUCGCAGCAUUGUUGGUGAAUGUAAAGGUUCUCCUCUGGUGGUCUCUUUGAUUGGAGCUCUAUUGAGGGAGUUCCCUGACCGCUGGGACUACUACCUGCGGCAACUGCAGAGGAAACAAUUCAAGCGGAUCCGGAAGUCAUCAUCCUAUGACUACGAAGCUUUGGACCAGGCCAUGGACGCCAGCCUGCAGGUUCUGGAGACCGAGCACAGAGACCUGUACAGAGACCUAAGCAUCAUGCAGAAAGAUGUUAAAGUGCCUGCUAAGGUUCUUUCAGUGCUGUGGGAUCUCGAGUUAGAGGAAGUUGAGGACGUCCUGCAGGAGUUCGUAAAUAAGUCGCUGCUGUUUCGGGACUGUAACCAGCGGCCGUACCUCUAUUACCUUCAUGAUCUGCAGCUGGACUUCCUUGCCGAGCAGAAUCGUAAUGAAAUAACAGAACUACAUAAAAAGAUGGUCCAUCGAUACCAGCAGUUUUAUAACAAAGGUGCACCCAGUCCCGAAGAUAAAGACCGUUUGUUCUGGUACCAAUUUCUCCCUUAUCACAUGGCUAAAGCCGGCCUGUCUAAGGAGCUUUAUUCACUGAUGUUUUCCUUGGAAUGGGUUCAAGACAAAACUCAGAUAAUGGGAUCAGCCCAUCUUAUCAAUGACUAUGUGGAAUAUGGUGAAAUACUAGAUAAAGAGAAUAGUAAGGUGAGGCUACAGUUUCAGGAGUUCCUGUCUCUGAACAGUCACCAGCUGGAGCAGAGACCGUUUCCAGAUGUCGUGCAGCUGGCUUUGUCUCAGCCCAACUGCUCCGAGGUCUACAAGCAGGCUUUGAUGCAGGCACAGCAGCGGGCCAGGAGGGGGCAGCUCUAUUUCGACUGGGUAAACAACAAUAGCAGGGACAGUUUGUCUCAAUUGGUCACGAAUCCACACCAGGGGUCCAUCUACUAUGCCUGCUUUUCCAGAGAUGGAAGCAAAAUCGCUUCAUGCGGUGCCAGCAAGACUCUUCGAGUCUCUAAGACGACCUCUGGAGAGAAGCUACUGGAGAUUCAAGCUCAUGUCGAUGAUGUUCUGUGCUGUGCCUUCUCCCCUGAUGAUCGCUACAUAGCAACCUGCUCCAGUGACAGGAAGGUUAAGUUGUGGAACAUUGAGCAAGGCAUUCUGACCAGAGAGUUUGACGUGGAACAUGAUGAACAAAUCAACCACUGCCAGUUCACCAACACGGGCCGUCGAGUCCUGCUGGCCACCUGCUCUAAUGACAAAAUCGCCAACACUAAGCUCUGGAACCCGAAUAAACAGAGCUCUCAGAACACAAUGUUCGGACACAUGGAGCCUGUCAAUCACUGCUGCUUCUCUCCAAACGAUGCCUACCUUGCCACUUCAUCCAGUGAUGGUACCUUGAAGCUGUUCAAGGUGUCGUCUGCAAACGAGUGGAAAUCAAUCGACGUCUUUAACUUCUUCCCAGAGAGUGACGACGAAAUAAACCUUAUUGUGAAAUGCAGCACGUGGUCGGCCGACGGCUCGCGGAUCAUUUGUGCUGCCAAGAACACAGUGUUUGUUUUUGAUGUUGCAACGUCAGAAAUGCUUUUAGAGAUUAAGACGAGUCGUCUGAGCACAGUGCAAUACUGCCACGCCUGUCCCAACAGCAGCCUGCUGGCCGUCGCUCUGUCCCAUUAUACUGUGGAGCUGUGGAAUUUUGAGACCAAUAAGAAGACGGCCGAAUGCAACGGACACCUGAGCUGGGUUCAUUGUGUCCAGUUUUCUCCUGAUGGGUCACUGCUGUUGUCUUCCUCUGAUGAUCAGACCAUCAGGUUGUGGGAGACGGAAAAGGUUCACACCUCAUCUGCUGCGGCUCUGAAGAGAGACUUUGAUGUUAUGUUCUCACAGAAUGACAUUACAAUAGUCACCGCCGACAGUCGAAAUAGACUGCAGGUACGGACCGGAUCCAAUGGUGCGGUUCUGUUCGAGAGCGUCACGUUUCCAUCCAGGAUUCGCUGUACGUGUAUAAGCAGGUGUGCUCAUGUGGCCAUGGGAACUGAGGAUGGAGGCGUUCAGACAGGAAGUGUGAAAGUCAGACAGUUUCUGAAGAACAUUGCCUGGAGAACUUUGCAGCUGCUGGCCUUACAGCGUGAUUUUGUGCUGGCACUAGGGCUAGAGACAGGUACAGUGCAGGUAUUGGAGGUCCCAUCUGGAAAUAUUUUGGCGACGCUCUUGGGUCACACCAGAACAGUUCACCACUGUCAGUUCACUGAUGACGGUCAGACCCUCAUCACAUCCUCAGAGGACGCCACUGUCCGGGUGUGGAAGUGGAGGACAGGUGAAUGUCUUGUGUUGGAGGGUCAUAAGGAGCCAGUCCGAAAGUUUCACCUGUUGAACUCCUCAUCUUCCUCUCCUCAUGUUCUCUCAUGGUCUUUCGACGGCACCGUCAAGGUUUGGGAUCUGAACAGUGGACAGAAACUGCAGGACAUCGCAUGUCAUAAGGGAGCUGUUCUGUCAUGUGACGUGUCCUCUGACAAACGGCUUUUCGUCUCCACCUCGGCUGAUACGACCGCCAAGGUUUGGAGCAGCGUCUCAUGGGAAAUGGCGUUUCUGCUUAAGGGACACAAAGAUUGCGUGCGUAGCUGCCGUUUUUCUUGGGAUAGCAAGCGGCUAGCAACGGGCGAUGACAAUGGAGAAAUAAGGCUAUGGAGCAUGAAAGAUGGAUCUUUGCUGAAAAUCUGCUCUCGGGACACUAAAGACUCGAUGGACUCUUUGCACGGUGGAUGGGUAACUGACCUGCACUUCUCACCUGAUAACAGGGUACUCGUCUCAACAGGAGGAUACAUUAAGUGGUGGAGCGUGGAGACAGGAGAGGCACUGCAGACUUUCUACACGAUGGGAGCCAAUCUGAAACACAUCCACGUGUCACCUGACUUCAGCACUUUCAUCACCAUUGACAACAUUGGAAUCCUUUACAUUUUAAAGAAAGUCGAGGGAGGCGGGGCUUAAACUUUUAACAGUGUUGGGAACAUUUUUUCAAAAAAAAACUUUAUUAUGCACUUAAAAGAAAAAGUUGAAAAGUUUUUUCUUGACUUUAAGGCAAUUUCAACCAUCUUGUUUAUGCAUUUUGUAGUCACCUGCCUUAUGGAUAUGUGUAACAAUUGUUGCCUUGAUCAAUCUUUGCUUUUCUAGGACAAUCUUACUUUCUCUCUGACAUCAAGUACUUCAUGAACCCUUCCUAGCACAUUAUUUUUUUUAGAGAGCGUAAGCAGCCCGUGAAUUUGAACCAAUGCCUUAAUAUCUCUAACACAAUUUGCAUAACACUCAGGUGUGAUCAGGGAUUUUUAAAAGCUGUGACGAUGUUUCAUGCACUUUUUCUUUGUAGUACACUAUGUCCUUUUUAUGACUAUAGACUUUUCUGAACAGGUGCUUUUGAUGCUGAUGUCCAGGAUGUAGCACACUAGGCAGGCAAGUUUUACAGAGUAAACACAAAGUGAUCUUUCAGCACUUUUGAAAUAAAUUUAAUUGUGUUUACGGUGCUUAUGAGGUAAUAAAAUGUGACAAAUCAUCCAACAGCUUAUUAAAGUUAUGUAACAAUGAAAAUGCUUUGAUACAGUGAUUCUUAAUCAUGGUCCUGGGGACCAACAGCACUGCAUACAGUAUGUUGUAUCUGUGUCUCUCUCAUCUGAUACUAAUAGGUAGUGUAGUGCAGCGCUUUGUCUCAACGCAGAGGAACACAUCACAAUGGAUUGCCACAGGGUAAAUCUGUAUUUCUUAUUGUCCCCUAAGUGUUGACUUAACUUAAAGAUAAAACGCAGAAGAAAGUACUCGUUAAAAACAUCUGUUUUGUUGAUUUUGUUAAACUGAUGAUUUUUUUGUUGAAGUGUCUAACAAAAUAUAAUUUAUAAUCUGUCAAUGUGAUUGUUGAUGUUGGUAAUGCAUUUGGUUGCAUUUUUGUUUGUUUUACUGGUUUCUUGAAAUGAAAACACCUGGAGUUUUAGAUUAAAUUUACAGGAAUUCAGAUUUAGGGAUUGCUAAAGUAAAAUGUGAUAGAAUAUGAAAAAAAUCAGGUGGAGGGCAAUUUAAUGUAUGGUCAUGCUCCGUCUGUAUUUGACACUUUCUUUUAGCAGCUGACUGAAAAGACUGCACUGCCGUGUCUAAAUGUCAUUCUGUACAACACCGUAUAUUACAGCAUGCAAUAUAUAGCUUAAACAACGAUGUUAAAUUUUUUUAGAAAUUACAGUAUUACUGGCAGCUGUUUGCUAUGAAAUAUAAAAUAACACCCUUAUGCAAAGCAUUAUGCGAACAAAAAUCUGAAGGAAAGGUGGAUUUCUGGCCCCCAUAAUGCUUUGUUAUUUUAUAGUUUUAUUCUGUAAAGACAAAGUGUACACAUACUGCAUCUUUACAGUUUUAUACAAACAUGCUCCCUAAUAAAUGCUUAGGAGAGAGAAGUACUCUCACUGUCUUUUUAAUACUAACUAUAUUGUCUUGAAACCAGUGAAAAAACAAAAGCAAUACCACUGUUCAUACUGCAUGUAAGAUAAUUUGAUCUCUAUGCUGGUGAAGUAAAAUUCUACAUUGUACCAUGGGAAUUUGUGUUUAAUAUGGGGUAAGAUAAGAACUGUAUGAAAGUUUGCAAAUUAUUAAAAUGUCUGUUGAUCAGUUUUCUUAUAUGAAAAAGACAUUUAACCUUUCUGUCAAAACUUGUACCUACAUCAAAGUAAAGACCAGUAAACUGUCCACUAUGGUGGACGAGUGAGAA